AUGACUAAAAUCGACACUGCAGGGACCUCGCGUGAAACUCAUUUAGACGAUCAUGCUGAGCUGGAACAUUCCAGUGAGAUGGAAGGAAGGGCAACGGAUAAACUGAUACUUGAGGACGGAAGGUUACAAGAGUUCCCUUAUCCAGUUAAGGUUUCUUAUGUACUGCAAAGGAACCCAAUGCGUUUCAUCUGCAACUCAGAUGAAAUGGACUUUGAUGACGUCGUAUCAGCUAUCGAGGAAGAGGAGGAGCUUCAACCCGGUCAACUUUACUUCGCUCUGCCCUUGGCUUGGCUUAAACAUCCUUUACAAGCCCAAGAGAUGGCCGCAUUGGCUGUCAAAGCCAGCUAAAGUUCUAGGACUGAAAAAUUGUUAUUCCUUUCGCGUUCUCCGACGACUCUCCUCGCCGGAAAGUUGCCUCCCCCCUCAGC